CUUGGAGUCUUCUGGAAACCCGGAUGUAACAAUAUAAGCAGUUGCCUGAGUGAGAGCAGGCAUGAGUUUGAGACACUGAACAAGAAGCCGACACAAGACGGAGUCUGCUGAGAUUCUUCAACAUCUUGGAGCGACACAGAACUUAUCUCUGAAAGACCUUUUAAAGGAGCAAGCAGGAUGUCUUCAGCGAAGGGAAUAUCCAUUGGCAUUGAUUUGGGAACCACCUAUUCUUGCGUGGCGGUUUUCCAACAUGGCAAAGUGGAGAUCAUCGCCAACGACCAGGGCAACAGGACAACUCCCAGCUAUGUGGCCUUUAGCGACACAGAGAGGCUCAUUGGAGAUGCUGCCAAGAACCAGGUCGCCAUGAACCCCACCAAUACAAUAUUUGAUGCCAAGCGACUAAUCGGAAGAAAGUUUAAUGACUCCAUCGUCCAGUCCGACAUGAAACUUUGGCCUUUCAAGGUGAUCGAUGAUAACGGAAAGCCCAAAGUUCAGGUGGAGUAUAAAGGUGAAACCAAAAACUUCUACCCCGAGGAAAUCUCGUCAAUGGUCUUGGUUAAAAUGAAGGAGAUAGCCGAGGCCUACCUGGGACAAAAGGUUUCAAAUGCAGUCAUCACAGUGCCAGCUUAUUUCAAUGAUUCUCAGAGGCAAGCCACUAAGGAUGCUGGAGUGAUCUCUGGUCUGAAUGUUCUGAGGAUCAUCAACGAGCCCACAGCAGCAGCGAUUGCCUACGGCUUGGAUAAAGGUAAAAGAGGAGAGCGCAACGUGCUCAUCUUUGAUCUCGGUGGAGGCACCUUCGACGUGUCCAUCCUGACCAUUGAAGAUGGCAUCUUUGAGGUAAAAGCCACUGCAGGAGACACACACCUUGGUGGAGAGGACUUUGACAAUCGGAUGGUCAGUCACUUCCUUGAGGAAUUUAAAAGAAAGUAUAAGAAAGACAUUAGCCAAAAUAAGAGAGCAGUUAGGAGACUGCGCACCGCUUGUGAGAGAGCGAAGAGGACCCUGUCCUCAAGCACCCAGGCCAGCAUUGAAAUCGACUCCCUGUUUGAGGGCAUCGACUUCUACACCUCCAUCACAAGGGCACGCUUUGAGGAGCUCAACUCAGAUCUCUUCAGGGGAACACUGGAGCCAGUGGAGAAAGCCCUACAAGAUUCUAAGAUGGAUAAGUCCAAGAUCCAUGAAAUCGUCCUGGUUGGUGGCUCCACAAGAAUUCCCAAAAUCCAGAAGUUCUUGCAAGAUUUCUUUAAUGGCCGAGAAUUGAACAAGAGUAUCAACCCAGAUGAAGCAGUGGCUUAUGGUGCAGCAGUCCAGGCUGCCAUCCUCAUGGGUGAUACUUCGGAGAACGUCCAAGAUCUGCUGCUGCUGGACGUGGCUCCCCUGUCUCUGGGUAUUGAGACUGUUGGUGGAGUCAUGACGCCACUAAUCAAACGCAACACCACCAUUCCCAGCAAGCAAACCCAGAUCUUCUCCACCUACGCUGAUAACCAGCCUGGUGUGCUAAUUCAGGUGUAUGAGGGGGAGAGAGCCAUGACCAAGGACAAUAACCUCCUGGGCAAGUUUGAGCUCGCUGGCAUCCCUCCUGCCCCCCGAGGUGUACCACAGGUGGAGGUAACUUUCGACAUUGAUGCCAACGGUAUUCUGAACGUAUCCGCCGUCGACAAAAGCACCGGCAAAGAAAACAAAAUCACCAUCACCAAUGACAAGGGCCGCCUCAGCAAACAGGAGAUUGAGCAGAUGGUACAGGAUGCUGAUAAGUACAAGGCUGAAGACGACCUGAAGAGGGACACAAUUUCAUCAAGGAACUCACUGGAGUCUUACGUCUACAACAUGAAGAGCAGUGUCGAGGAUGACAGUAUGAAAGGAAAGAUUCAGGAGGAGGAUAAAAAAGUUGUAAUUGACAAGUGCAACCAGACAAUUUCCUGGCUGGAGAACAACCAGCUGGCAGAGAAGGACGAGUAUGAGCACCAGCAGAAAGAACUAGAGAAGGUGUGCAAGCCCAUUGUGACAAAGCUGUACCAGGGAGCGGCACCACCACCAGGAUGCAGCAGCGGCCAUGCAGGAGGCAACGCUCAGGGUCCCACUAUUGAGGAGGUGGACUAAUAUCAUGAAUGUCAGCAUUUUGUUUGCACGAAUAUGUUAACCUAGACGAAGUGUUUGUUUGCACAACUAUUGUUAAUUUAUUGUUGUUAUUUUUUGCUACUAAUGAUACAAAUAUUUUAUAUGGCCCUCAAUCAACUGGCACUCAUUAUAGAUUUGUAUUCUGCUUCGUUCACUUUUCUCUCUUGUGUUCUCUCACAGCACAUUUUAAAUAAAGAUUUAUCAAAGCAUUCAAAUAUUUGUAAUGUAUUUUCAAUUAUUUUAUUUUUUUUAUAAAUUUGCACCUAGAAUUGAGGACAAAUACCCUGCAGUCAGGGAUGUAAUGGUCCUGUUUUCUCAGAGCAGAAACCUCAGGUAGGAAUGAAACUUGAAUGCUUGUAUUGCACUACAUGUAUGAGACCUGAAAACAAGGUGUUGUACUCAAAGCUGGAUCAAAAGAGAGAUUCGGGGUCUCAGCAUCAGUCAUGGCUAUAAAAGACAGAAUUGGUGUCAUGUUGCACACUUUUAGUCAAAAGGCAGAGAAUAUAACUUUCCUCAUUUCCUACCGAGCUUUCAUUUGCUCACUUAAAUCCCAGCAGAGUGGUGUCUCGCUGAAGAUGGUUUCUUGUAUAAAUAUUAGAAAUAGGGAGUAAAUAAGAAGUAAAUAGUGAGUAAAUAUACAUUGUUUCUGUUUAUUGCUUUUCUUAUGUGUGUUGUAUUUAUUGUGUUUUAUGUUUUUAUGUUUCAGAGCAAAUUCCUUGUAUGUGUAAACCUACUUGGCAAUAAAUACUUUCUGAUUCUGAUUCUGAUUACUGGAUAAUACUAUGAAUGUGCCUUUUUUAAUCAUUCACGGCAAUUCAAUUUCCAAAAUGACCUUCAAUAAAUGAACAUUCCUUGCUAACAUUUACCCACCAGUGCUACAUUUAAUGUCUUCUUUCCUCUGCUUCUGCUGUUAAGUGUAACUCUAUAAGAACUAUUAUCUUUAUGUUUGCCACAUUCAUGUCAAUGUCUUAAUUUGAUCCGGUGGGGUCACCUAAACAAAUAUUUCAUGCGAUCAAAAUGCACACGUGUCUACUAAGUAAGUAAAAUAAUGCAUUCAAUCAGCAAUAAAGCCAGUCCUUUAACAGUUA